AUGCACCACAUCCGCGGCCUGGUGCGACAUGCGGGACGCAAUGUCCUGCGUGCACUCGAGACUCAACAAACUACACCAUUUCCCCAAGCAUGCCUGUGUCGUGUGGAGCUGGUGGACGUGCAUGGCGAGCGCCGGACCGUGACGCUGCUUCACCCUGGCACGUUGUUGAAGAUGUUGAAGGGGAUGACGCCCGCAGAGGCUCUUGGAGCACUCGAGCGUGUAGCACAGCAACUCAAUGCACCCCCGCAAGUGACUUCUACCGGCGCAACACCCUCAACCGAAAGCAACGCGGGGUCGUCGAGUUGGGCACUUGACGCGGAGGCUGCCAUACCGCAGUUAUAUGUAAAGGAUGAAGUGCACGUCACCUGCACCGAGGUGCAGAGGCGGCACAGCCGCUUUAUUGCCAAGAUGCGCGGCCGCUUCUUGUCCUCUGACCCUGCCGCCGUCGAGGCCGCCUUGCAAGGGUGGCUAAAGAAGUCGCCAAAGGACUUGGGCGCCGUGGAGGCGGCAGAAUACAGCGGAAUGGUAGAGUCGCUGGCUAUGACUGACGCAACCGCUGCCAUCGCGCUUGCCAUCAACCCCUCUCUCCCAAGUCUCUCUGCAGCUGCCAGUGCGGCUCUGGCGGAGCUGGUUCAACUGAACACUCCGGCCGCCGUACACGCCUUUCUGGAGUCCUUCGCGGGCAAAGACGAAUCGGCGUCGUUGGCGUCAGACUCGUGUGCGACCCAACUAGCCUUGCGUCUGCGCCGCGAGAUCGACAAAGCACGGUCCAAGGAAAGUCGGCUGGCGAUGUCGGUUCCUAGCAGGGUGUCGCAACGCCCCGCCCAUGGAAUGGACGACUUAUUAAGCGAGGCUACCCACUUCUCGAUCGACCCGGGUGUCGUUUUCCCAAUGGAGCCUGCCUCGAUACAAGCCUGGGCGAACCAGUUUUUCUGUUUCGACAUGCGGCCCGUGAACCGUGCCGCGGCUGUGCUCGAACAGGUACGCCAGCGACGUCUGCAGCCGCGACGUGUUGCUAUGGACUCAUUGAGUGUGUGGACGCUGACGGAUCUUGAGCGCCCGUGGCUAAAGUUUGCGCUCGAGUCAUCUGCUCAGGGGCUGAGUGCGACGGACGACACCUACGGAAGCGCAGCCUAUCAUCUUGCCCUGAAAGAUGCGAAGCGGAACUUGGUGGACAACCGCCUGUUGCACACCUAUGCCAGCGCCCUUGCACGUGGCGACAUCUCUCCAUUAGAUGACUCUUUCGCCGCGUACUUAGAGGAAUGUGGCGAGUGCCACGGCACCGCCAUCUCUGAGCGCCCCUCUGUCAUUCGCUUCACCUUGAGACGUGUGCCAGAUGGUGUUCCACUGCUGCGUGCACUACACGAUCUUGCACCGAAGUGUUCCUACUGGCGUACCCUUCUCGACCACCUUGCCGACACGUGCGUGCAGGCCUCGACGGCACCGAUGGGUGAGGUCAAGGUAGAGGUACAACUGCCGCGCGUCCACGAGUGCGUCGCAGUAGCCGCAGCGGGUGAGAUGAAGUUGCCGACCAUACCAGUUCUUUACGAGGAUGACGAUGUUCUUGUUAUCGACAAACCUGCCGGACUGGCAACAUCGCGCCAUGGACUGAGUUGCACGCAGCUCGGGACCCAAACGACUGACCUCAUUUCCGUGCUACUCGCCACAGACCGCGCCGGCGCACUUGCCAGGGGUGUCUUUCGUCAAGGGCAGGUGCACCGCCUCGACGUGGAGACGAGUGGGUGUCUGCUCAUCGCCAAGUCUAACGUGGCAGCGGACUCACUGCGUCACCAAAUCGGUACGAGCGCAGCCUUCUCCCACCACACCAAAAUAUACCACGCUCUGUGUGUUGUGCUGGAGCCGUCGCUACGCAAUGUUCGACUGCAUGGUGAUAUCAUCGACGCUGCGGACCCAAAGAUCAAAACUCGAUACCGCGUGAUUCGUUUUUUUCCAAAGCACAGGAUUGUGUGGGUGGAGUGUCGCAUCCAGCAAGGCAAGAAGCACCAGAUCCGCCGCCACCUGGCAAGUCGUGGCUUUCCUAUCCUUGCCGACAUGGAUCAUGGUGGCGCGGUGUGCUGUCAGUCGAUCAUGAGUCGGACCGCUCUGCACGCGCAUAGCCUCUCCUUCAUCCAUCCCAUCACAGGAGACCCCAUCAUUGCCACGGCACCUCUUCCCGAGGAUUUUCGAUGCUGCCUCGAGCUGCUGCACGGCACAGAUGCACAGAUUAGCGUGGGGGGGAGGCAGCGUGGAAGGAAGGGAGGGUAA